GAAAGCCCUUAUGCCAGGAAUGCACAAACAGUCUUAGUAGAGAUUUAAAGGGGAAAUGGCCCUGAAUGCAGAAGACAAAGGAGUAUGUGGGUGAAUAGUAAUUCUGCACUCUUGACUCUUGCCAGUAGGUGGGAAAUCAGUGGAGGUGGUCGGAUCGAAGCAUUAACAGCUAAUUUGCCAGAAGAAGAUUCAUCCAUCAGUAGGAAUGAUUCACUGGCGCGUGACCCGUGUUCGCUUGCGAAUGUUCCAACUCUGCAUCGUUCUGACUCUCUUCAUCUCCAUGAUGGGGAUUUUCCGUGCCCUAAACACCCAAAUAACACUGAUUGAUGAUAGUAUAGAGGACCAAGGACAGCUGCACGUCCAUGUUAUCCGCAGUGGUGCCGCCGUGAAGGACUGUGGAGAGACACAGACUCACGAGGAGGCUAGGAUUGAAGUCGGUCGUGCUGCUGCUGAUCAGUUACGUAGUGUUACACAACAGCUCAUAGAAAUCAAGAGAUUACUACGAGGAGCCGCCCCCAUACACAGCCUACAAGCAGCGUUACACAGAGUCAACAGGAUAGCAGAUGAUCUAAGAAUUGGAGACCUUAGUAGUCUGAUACAGACUGAGCUUCAACAUCCAACUCCAUCAGUUAAAACAGCUCCACAAAAAGUUGACGUAUGCCCCGAUACCUUCAAAGGUUCCACGUAUGGGUACCCCUUUUUCUACACAGGGUGGGUGAGGACAAACUGCACCAAUGCAAAGUCUCUUGAGUCAGUCGUAACGAUCAUAAUGAACUUCAUGUAUGAAGACAAAAGUGUAGAUGUUGUGUCUAUUCUUAGGAACAUUUCGGUGUUGUACCCCAUGGUGGAAGUUCAUGUGGCAGCCGAUCUCAAACUUCCCAAGGACCUUGCCGGGAACAGAAACUUCACAGUUCACGGGGACCUGGCAGGGGAAACCAACGCUGAAAUCUGGUACAAACUCCUUCUCAAGGUCAAGACGCCGUACGUUCUUGUAACCCGGGGCAUUACUCGGUUCACCUGGGACGCACAGUUAGAGCAGGCAAUCCACAGUGCCAGUAGCUUCCCUGUAGACUUUGUAGGAAGUGCAUUUAGGACAAAUAAUGGACAUUGGAACAUGGGAUGCCAACAGUCCCUUCUCAGGAACUUCACUUUAUCUUACAAGGAUGGGUACGACGCCUCCAUCCACGAGUGUAUAUACUGCGACAACUUGAGGGGGCCUUUCCUUGCUAGGACUAAUGUGCUCAGACAGUACAAAUUCCCCGCAAACUACAGGCACUUUGUCUUUGAAGAUGUCUUCUUGCAAGUAAAAGAGCUGGGCAAGCAUCAAGUUGUGAGCUGUCCAGAUUCUAUGUUUUUUGUGAAAGACUACGAUGCCUUGCUAAGAGAUAAGAUUAAUUUUGUACCCAUUGCAAGUACCUGGGGGAUCAACAAGCUUCACCUAGCCGAGGGGAUUGAGCACAUUUUCUCCUGUUCAGAAGCAAACACGCCAUGCAGAAAGAUGAAAGGGGUGGCUGUCUCUCCGUGUUGCCUUCAAACAUUAGCUGAUGCAGUGAAGUUUCUCAUGAGGACUUGCGAGGAGGAACACAUUUACUGUGAACUUCAGGAAGGAACGAUGCUCGGCGCCGUCAAAUUAGGCAAGGUGCUGCCGUGGGAACGAGACGCCGACAUCACAUUUCUUUCAGGCAACUACUCGGCCUUCAAAGAGCUGAGGCCGAAGUUUGAGCGGGAAGGGUACAAGUUUGUGGACCUGGGACAGCAGUGGUGCUGUGUUGAUAACAGGACAGCCGGUGGGAAGUUCCAGAUCGGAGUGGAAGGGUGGACGAUAGAGAUGUACGGUCAGCAUCUCAUGGACUCAGAGAUGAUGGUGGCAAGAGGUCAGCAGCCCACAAAGGUAUUGUUUGAUGGGAUGUGGGUGAACGUUCCUACCAACCCAGGACUCUUCGCACGAAACAGGUAUGGCCACGAGAUUUACAAACAUGCACAGCACUGGAUGACGCUAGGUUACGAGAGCGGUUGGGCCAAGUACGACACGAGCGGAUUCUCGCCCUGCCCGCAACCCGGACACCACGGCUGCCUGGACCAGUACGCAACCGACGGGAACCUACAGUUCGAAGGGCGGGAGCUCCUCUAGAAAUGUUCAAAAGAAUUCUUAUUCCGUUUCAGAAUCUGCAGUUGAUGUUGGUACCUUCUUUCAAUCAAGUCAUUCCAUCCUAAUGUUUAAAUUUUGUAAUUGUAAGUAGCAUUAUGAGAAAGAAUUUUCCGCACACAAAAUAUUGUAUAUUUGUAAAGGUUCACUAUUCAUUGUCAUAGACUCAUCAAAGUUGUGCAAUUGAUAAUAAUUCCACACCAAUUUAAUUUGUUGGUUCUCA